CUACCCAGGGGAAGGACGGUGACAGCACAGUGGCUUUCUCAAGGUCGAACCAGACGGGCGGUACAGACCCCAACACAGGACGAGUAUCCUGCCAGAGGGGAAAUUGCACUCUCAUCCAGUGACCUCCAGCUGGUGCUACAAGUACAUCGUAAUCAUGAUCUUGUUGGCCCAGAAUUUACAGAGACAUACUACAACAAAGAUGGACAACCUGUGACUGUGACCAAUCCCAAUUACACCGGGCCUGAUUUCAUUCAACUCUAGUGACAUCUACUACUUGGAGCCAAUUAAUGGUGUGAAUUCCUCCCACCAUUCACUAUUGAGUGCCAAGGAACUGCCAAUUGAAGGUGGAAGCUGUGGCCACAGCCAUCACACAACACAACCCAACCUCAUCUCGGACCUGGUAGGACCGGUUCACUCAAGGGUUAAGAGAGAUACCUGGGGUACAACUAAAUACAUGGAGCUGUACAUCGUGGCAGACAGCAGACUGUUCAAACGACAGGAUAGAAACUAUGAAAAGACCAAGGCAAGGAUAAUGGAAAUUGCCAAUUACGUGGAUAAGUUCUAUAGGGCUCUAAACAUCCGUGUACCUCUCAUCGGCCUGGAGGUUUGGACUGAAAGAGAUCAGUGUAUCAGGCUCUAAACAUCCGUGUACCUCUCAUCGGCCUGGAGGUUUGGACUGAAAGAGAUCAGUGUAUCAUCUCUGAAGAACCAAACGCCACCCUCUGGUCUUUCCUCCAGUGGAGACAGAAGCUGAAAUCUCGCAAAAAGCACGACAACGCCCAGCUUCUCACCGGUGUGAUUUUCAAGGGGACAACAAUCGGAAUGGCACCACUGGAGGGGAUGUGCAGCCUGGAGAACUCAGGAGGCAUCACUGUGGACCACUCGGAGGUGCCGAUCGGUGCAGCUGCCACCAUGGCACACGAGAUCGGCCACAAUGUGGGCAUGAGCCACGACCACGACGGCUGCUGUGUGGAGGCCAGUGCAGAGCAGGGAGGCUGCGUCAUGGCUGCUGCCACUGGGCAUCCAUUCCCACGAGUCUUCAGCGGCUGCAGCAAACGGGACCUGGACAACUACUUCCAGAAGGGAGGGGGAAUGUGCCUCUACAACAUGCCCAACAUGAAGGACCUGGUGGGAGGCAAGAAGUGUGGCAAUGGCUUUGUGGAGGAUGGAGAAGAGUGUGAUUGUGGAGAACCUGAUGAAUGCACCAACAACUGCUGCCAUGCCAGUAAUUGUACCCUAAAGGAGGGGGCUCAGUGUGCCCACGGAGUGUGCUGCGAUGGUUGUAAGUUGAAGCAAGCGGGCACCAUGUGCAGAGGGCCAGCAGGGUCUUGUGACCUGCCAGAAUACUGUACUGGGGCCUCUCCCUACUGUCCCGCCAAUGUCUACCUGCUUGACGGCUCCUCAUGCCAGUAUGGAAAGGCCUAUUGCUACAACGGCAUGUGCCUCACCCAUGAACAGCAGUGCCUGCAGCUCUGGGGCUACGGAGCGCGACCAGCCCAUGAUGCCUGCUUUGAAGAUGUCAAUGCAGCAGGGAACCCAUUUGGGAACUGUGGGAAAGAUGAACAUGGCAACUACAAAAAGUGUGAAAAAAGCGAUGCCAAAUGUGGCAAGAUUCAAUGCCAUAGUGCUGCCAAGAAGCCCAAAGGCACCAAUGCUGUUUCCAUCGACACAACCAUCAAGACAGGCGGCAUAGAGGUGAAGUGCCGUGGAACCUAUGUUUACAGCACUCAGGAUGGCCAGGGUGACCUGCCUGACCCUGGCCUUGUCAUGACUGGCACCAAGUGUGGUGAGGGCAAGGUGUGCAGAGACCGCAAAUGCCAAAAUGCCUCUUUUACUGAGCUGCAGUCUUGCCUCGCCAAUUGUCACGGCAAUGGGGUGUGUAACAGCAAUGGGAACUGCCACUGCAAUAAAGGCUGGGCUCCUCCGUUCUGUGAGAAGCCGGGACUGGGCGGCAGCGUCGACAGUGGACCUGUGCAGAAUUACAGUCAAGUGGGUUUGGUAGUGGGUCUGCUGUUUGCCUUCCUGGUGGUCCUUCCUGCAGUGCUGCUGCUCUUCUACUGCUACAGAGUCAAAUCGUCGUACUACCACAAGUGGAUUUCACAGAGAGACAAGAACAAGAACAACAAGAAGGAGGCUUCAGUGGAGAAAGAGAAAAAUGGUCACCUGAAUCAUGCCUUUCACCUCAAGGUGGUCGGUCCAAUCAACAAAGCCGGCAGCCACAAGGCGCUUCCUCACACCAGCAAAGAGGUUCUGCCACUCAGACCAGGACUGGUGCCAAACGGUACCCAGCCAGUCAACAUCGUGCGACCUCUGAGACCUACCCAGUCUCCCCGGGGUGGUCCUCGGGACCUCAAGGUGGUAAGGCCACCGCUCCCAGCUGGCAAGCCUCCAACAGUCCCACCCAAGUCGCCCCCAACUCCACAGAGACUCAGCCCUCCUAAGAAACCACUACCCCUUAACCCAACACGUUCCCCACUGCUGGUAUCGGACCGGCAGUCCAGAACAUCCCCCUUCCCUCCACAGAGGCCUCUGCCCCUUAGUCCAGCCAGAGCAGCCUCCACCUCAGUGAGUCCGACCCACUCCACCGGCUCCAAAACCACAGGAUUGCUUGUCAUGAUGCCUCCAGCACCUGGACCGCAACCUGUGGGGAAAGUGUCAGCCAUUCCCCCUCUCAGAGUACUCAGACCAAUCCCAGGUGCCAGACCGAAGACAGCCUCGCAUCCUCCACCACGAAAAUGACCUUCUCCUUGUCCCUCCCCCUGUGAGGAGGCAGCAGCUGACAGCCUAUUUGCACUAAAGAGACUUUAGCUGGUGAACCCAGAGCUGACGUACGCCGCAGAGGAGGACAAACAGAGCUGGUACCAGAGACCCGAAGGAACAAACAGGACUCGCACCACUUCAGACUUCUAAUGAAACCUUGACCCCGCUCCUCUUACUUUAUUUUUACCCUCUCCUCCAUUCCUGGAGUGCUAACAUUACCAUGACGACGCUGCAUUGUGUGGAGGCCUUGCAGACUGAAACAUGUUGACGAUUAUUUACCAAAUCAGUUUUUAGUAUUCUGUUUUUUUUUAUCUCUUAAUGCUGUCCAAUGAAAAACUGCAUUUUGUAAUGAGUGUCGCUUUGUUUACAGUUUGUUUUAUGUCAUGUUGAAUGAUUUGUGUUUCGUGCCAAAGAACUUUUUAUGUACCUGCGGUGUGUCUGAAUUGCUGUAAAAUCUUGUUGCGUUAGGUUCUCCACAAGUCCGCCCCCCCAUAUUAUUUUGGUUUUCAACAUUGUUUGUGUUUGACUGUAUGAAGAAUGUUUAAAGUUAGAUGUGUAGGUACAGCCGUCUAUCAGGGGAAGGACAGCCAUUCACACAGUAGCCUCAUAUCCACACUGUUUACAUGGCGGAGGGCUUGAUGGAGAGCUGGCAGGACACAUCCAGGUCUUUGUUUAGUUUAGUUUUUUUUAUCUUCUUUGCUCUGUGUUUUUCAUUUCAGCUGGUGAACAUAAAUAUUUUU